GUGACCGAGAGCUUCCUAAGCAAAGAAGUCACCUAUGUGGUUUCCAGCAGCAAAGAAGCCAAGCGAGACAAAGCCAAGACUCGAACUGAGAAGUGGAACGAUGUAGCUUCAGAGGAUGCAAAAGCCACGAGCCCAAUGCCGUCAGCCACCAAAGGGAACCAUACCAGACCUCACCAGAAGCCGCCAGACACUGCUCUGAUCAGCAGGGGAAAGGAACUGCUGCAGAAGGCCAUGAAGAAUCAGGACACCUGCAGUGGCAGCAGUAUCCUCGCCAACGCGCGCCUGUGGGGAGUCCAGAUCUUGCACGUGGAUGAAAUGUUGUCAUACACUCAGCAGCUGCUGCGUGCCAUCUCGGGAGCCAGGAAACGGUGCCAGAAACCAGAGGCAAAAUGCCUUGCAACUGGAUCAAAAAUUCGCAAAGGAAAAUUGAAGCCGCCUUUUCUGAAGGUUGAAGACCAGAGCAGGCAGUUCCAGCCCUUCCAUCACCAGUUCAAAACCUUUCCCAGCCUGAACUUCCUGGCACCCAAAUCCUCCAGCCCAUUCGAGCCUCUGAAAAGCUUCUCGAAUUCUUGCAGAGGCAGGGGUGUGGGAGGCUGUCCGAUGCGCAGCGAGAGGGAGAAGAGCCCCCGAUCUACACCGGUCACUGUGCCGAAGAAAAAGAGGGGAUUUUGUGAGUGCUGCCAAGAGACCUUUGAAGAGCUGCAGAAGCAUCUCCAGAGCCCCCGGCAUAAGCGGUUUGCACUGGACGACUCGCAGUACGCCCCUGUGGAUCGCGUCAUCUCGCAGCUCACCGGCAGCUUUGUGGAGCAGUCAGCCAG